AUGGCCAGCACCAUCUCCGCAUACAAGGAGAAGAUGAAGGAGCUGUCGGUGCUGUCGCUCAUCUGUUCCUGCUUCUACUCACAGCCACACCCCAAAACCGUCUACCAGUAUGGGGACAUGGAAGUGAAACAGCUGGACAAGAGGGCCUCCGGCCAGAGCUUUGAGGUCAUCCUCAAGUCCCCUUCCGACCUGUCCCCGGAGAGUCCCGUGCUCUCCUCCCCGCCCAAGAGGAAGGACACCUCCCUGGAAGAGCUGCAGAAGCGGCUGGAGGCAGCUGAGGAGCGGAGGAAGACGCAGGAGGCGCAGGUGCUGAAGCAGCUGGCGGAGCGGCGCGAGCACGAACGUGAGGUGUUGCACAAGGCGCUGGAGGAGAACAACAACUUCAGUCGUCUGGCCGAGGAGAAGCUCAACUACAAGAUGGAGCUCAGCAAGGAGAUCCGCGAAGCGCACUUGGCGGCGCUGCGUGAGCGGCUGCGCGAGAAGGAGCUGCACGCGGCCGAGGUGCGCAGGAACAAGGAGCAGCGCGAGGAGAUGUCCGGCUAAGGGGCCUUCUGGACUCCGCGACGCCUGGAUCCCGAGAUGAGGCAGAAACACAUCUGGGUUUCGGUUUUGUUUUGUUCGACUUUGUCUAGAUGCAACUUUUGCUCCCGCUCCUCCCUCCUCUCCUGCCCUCCCAGCUUCAGCUUCUCUUUCCGCGCUCCGAGCUGUCUGGUCCUUGUGGCAAGGCUUUGACCACAGGCUCUCUCUGGAGGAGCCCCCAGGGAGUGGCACACGAUCCCUCAGUUCAGGCCCAAGCUGGGCGGUGGCUGGGUCCCCUCUUGGCAACCCUCUUAGCAGACGUGGUGUCGACCUCAAUAAAGCCAGCGAUGGUGGCAGGAAC